AUGUCUCUACUCCAUAUUCCUUCCAAAGAUGAUUUUCUACUUUCUGCUGGAGAGGGUGGUUGUAUUGAUAUAUGGAAGUUGGAAGCUGAUGCAAAUUUGGUUCACAAAUUUUCUAUGAAGGUUCCUGUCCAAAGUAUUUGGUCAAUUUCUGCACUGCGAAAUGGCGAUUUUGCAAUUGCUUCGAGGUUUCUAUUAAUUUUUAAAUUAAAAAUUAUUUUUGUAGCUCUGGAAUGGUUUUAA